AUGUUUCUCAGCUUCUCUGUCACGGGAGUCUUCCUGCGGCCGUUCGUGCAACUCUUGCAAACAGCAUCGAAGCAAGGCGAGGGGCUAUUCUUUGAGCCGCACGAUGACGUGCUGCAGCUUCGCGCAGUGAACAGCAGCCGCAGCACCCACCUGCUUGUCAGCAUCGCCACCUGCCACCUCGAGGCGUACCGCUUCUGCACCACGGCGGAUUCCAAUGAAGCGAACAGAAGCACUCCACCACAAGGGGCGCCAUCGUGCGGCGAUGAUGAAGGUGACGAGUUCUACCUGCUGCUGCCGACCAAGGCUCUCCUCGCGACGGUGCUGCGGCAGACGCAGGGUUUGUGCGCAAUGCACAUCCGCUACAACGGCGCCGCGACGUCUGACAUGAUGGUGGGCGACACGCUGCACUGGGAGUGCGUCAUGUCGUGCGGCACAGUAAAGACCUUCGCGCUGUUUCUGGCGGAGGGGCGGCCGGAGCGUGCGUACGUGUCGCCCGACUUCUACAGUUUCGACGCGUGUGCGGCGGCGAAGGUGUGGGGGGCGCUCCUUGGCUGGUUUCCCGCGUCGACGCCGCGCGUUGUGGUGCAGCCGCUGGCGUCGCGCCUCGAAAUGUGGGUUGUCGACGACGCGGAGGAUGGCGACGCGCCGCUCGAAACCGGUAAGGCUGGCGGCGCUGACACGAAGGUGGUGGCCUCGCAGGAACACUUCCUCUUCAUGCACUACCAACAGCAACAGCAACAGGACGGUGAGCAUGUGAGGUUGAGUGCGACGUCGCUGGAGGGGGGUGAGGCGCGCAACACCGCGAGGUCGCAGGGUGUGCUGCUGCUGCCCGGCAAAAGCAUCGAGGUGAAGCCGUUCAAGCAGGUGUGUCUAUUGGCGGACCAGCUUGGCAUGAUGAUCCGCGUGCGGACCGGUGGAGAGGGUGUGCAUCUCUUCGUAGAGGCCAUUACUACGCAGGAGGCCAUGCAGACAGCAGCAGCAGUGUCGUCGUCCGUAUUCACAGCGGACAACGCGGCCGCUGCCCCACAGACGCUUUUCCAGCGACACGCGGCGCUGUCCGAGACUGCAUUGCGGGUGAAGUUCUCCAUGUACAUCGCGGCAUUCGACGUGCCGCACCGUGCACUGGGGAGCGGUGAAGGGCUGAGGACCUCUGGCCGCCGCUCCAUCACCUCCACAGUGACUGCAGUUGCGGAGGGAUACGGCACCGCCCCGAUGUCGUCGGACAUUGCCGUUUCCUCUGCGAAGGUGCAUCAGUCCGCUCUGACGACGCGUGGGACGCCGACUGAACUCUUGAUGCCCUCGACGCACCCAACGGGUCUGCCAAUUGCCUCUGCUUCUUCUGCUCCUGCUCCUGUUGUCGGGAGCGUCACAACGCCCCCGCGUGUGUUGGCUGCUGCAUCCCUCACCCAGUUUCCUGGGCGUCUGAGUGGUGAUGUGUCGGUUGUCAACGCGAGCCCGAUGAGCGCAUCACUCGGUGGUGGCGGCAGCGUGGUAAUGGUGGCGGCAACGCCUGAGGCUGGUGGCAGUGGUGUUACUGUGGCGCAGCACAGCGGCCACAAGCGGUCUCGCGAGGGUGGUGAUGGGGAGGGACAGUCGCCGCUACAGUGGGACGGUGACUACAUCGCCACCGCCAAUACCACUCAUACGCACGUGGGGGACUCGCCAUCGUUUGUGGCGGCGACCAAUGCCUCGAUGUGUGAACACACUUCACCACGAGAGAAGCUCCAGCAACAGAAGUCGAUGGACGGUGAGCUGCCGUCACAAAGUACGCCAUAUCCACUGGAUUUCAAUGCCUUUAUGCGGGAGCUUGCGGAGGAGGCGAGGGAGGGCAAGGAGGAAGAUGAGGAUGACGAUGACGAUGAUCUGCAGCGUUUCCUUGAGAGCUGCGCAUCAAUGCUCGUGGUGCCUGCGACGCCGUCUACGCAUCCUGAAUAG